CCGUAAUGAGCUGUUGUUGAGGCCAUUGAGGAGCAGGACAACCAGAACUGCACACAGUACUCCAGAAGAGGCCUCACCAACGUCCAAUACAACCUCAAUAUGAAGCCCUAACUUCUAUAAUCAAAGGUCUGUGCAAUGAAGGACACGCAGACGUGAUUGAUUAAAUUCCAGCUACCAGCCAGUGAACAAACUUUCAGUGAUGGGGCUUCAAAUUCACUUAGUCUACGACCCACAGGGCUGGUGUUGUGUCAGCAUCAUCACCUUUGUUUGGCUUUAUAACACACUCUACGUUCCCAAACUUAUCCUCUUCCCUCACUACGAAGAGCAACACAUUCCAGCUGCUGUGAUAGUGCUUUAUUACAUGGUGUCAUUGUGCUGCAUCACCUCAUUAGUGAGAGCAUCCUUUGCUGACCCAGGGCAGUUACCACAAGACCCGGAGGUACCAUAUUCAGAAAGACAACUCUGGGAAACAUGUUCUAAAUGCAACAAGAGGAGACCAAAGCGGUCUCACCAUUGCAGUAGGUGUGGGCAUUGUGUUCGGAAAAUGGAUCACCACUGUCCCUGGAUAAAUAAUUGUGUUGGAGAGGACAAUCACUGGCUCUUCCUACUGCUAUGUUUCUACACAGAAUUCCUAAGUUUUUUGACCCUUCUCUUCAAUUUCUGCCAAUAUUACUACCUUGAACCUCUAACAAAAGUAAAAGAGGAGCUCUUUGUGUUUCGACAUGAGUUGGCCUUGCUGCGGAUAUCUACCUUGAUGGGCAUAGUGAUAUUUGGAGGGAUGUUUGGCCUCUUUUAUGGUCAGCUGUCAAACAUUCUAGUUGAUGUGACAACCAUUGAAAGGAUGUCAAGCAAUCUUGAUGAGACGUUGAAGCCCAGCAAGCCAUGGCAGCAGACCUUCUCAGAAGUGUUUGGCACCCGCUGGAAGAUCCUGUGGUUUAUUCCAUUCAGACAGAGACAACCGCUGCGAGUUCCCUAUCAUCACGCCAAUCAUGUUUAACAGAUGGAAGCUGAAAAGAUAAGACCUCAUGUGUCAAAGUACUUAGCAGCAUUUCCAGUGAUGCAUCUAUCCCCAUGUUCAAUUUGGCAUUCAACAUGUUGCAUCCCAAGUAAUAUUCUGAUCAAAAUUUGUGCCUGUAAGCAAAUCUGUUUCAAAGCCACUUUCAAUGUGGGAUAUAACCUUAUGAAAAUAUUACAGUUAUUUUAAAAACAUUCAUAAACAAUCCAUGAUCAAUGUUAAGAGACAGGGGACCUCCAUUAUCUAAAUGUUCCAACCAAUUUCUGCCUGAUUUGUAGUGAAGGGUUAAUGAAUGAUCAUUUUGAUAAAAACAACUCUUUUUUGUUCGUUUGGAAACUUCUUCAAUUAAGCAUAUACAAAGGGUUGUGAAAGGUGCUAGCAAUAUUGUGAAGUUUAAUUCAUAAAUAUGAAUCAUUUGUGAGUACAUCAAUUACAAUUGUACACUCCGGAGAAAAAUAUCAGUCUAUCACAGGUUAUAAAAAAUGAUGUCAAACUUGGUAAUGUUGCAUGCCAGUAUGAAGAAAAAUGCAUUUCUAGUUGUUUGGUAAUACAAAACUUAAGUGUUGCUGAAAAAUACAUAUUUUCUUGAAGCUUUUCAUCUGGCAGUCAACAUUUGCAUUUCUUUCAAGACUAGAAGCUUUGAUUUAAAAAAAGGGUCUUUUUUCAGCAAAGAUGCAUAGAGCAAUUGUUUGAGAUUUUUCAACGAAUUACACUGUGGAUUUGAAGUACGUUGUUUCAUAAUACUUUCCCUUCCUGAUUAUAUUUUUAAUGAUUUUGUACAUUCAGUUUCUGUAGUUUAUUUGUAUCAAUGUGUAAAUUUUGCAUCAAACUUUGCUGAUGGGCUUAACCAUUUUUUUGUCACUCCUGAGUGUUAUAUGACUUUUUUUUAAACAAAAAAAUUUGUUAAGAAUGCAUGUUGGAGAUACGGAAGUUCUCAGUGAAGGGAAUCAUGGAGUCUCAAAUGUACCAAAUUGUGAGGAAAAACAAAAUGAAUGCAGUUUAUUUAAGUCUAGUAAAGUGACUAGACCUGUGGGAAACAGUUUACAAGGUAGAAAAUCAAAUUGAACAAUUUUCUUGUCAAGUGCCUAUAAUUUAGUGAUUUUUAACAUGACAAUGCAUUUGGCUUGUUCUAAUCAAAUCAGGAACCAAAGAUGUUAUAUAACUGUUCAUACAAGCUUUAAUGAUAAAGUAAAUUAUGAUUUUCUUUUUAAACGACCUGCAGUAAUUUGUUGCAAUGACUUUGUUGUAUCCUGCUUUUCAGACCAUAGACUGUGUGGAUCUCUCCAUUAUAAUCAUGUAUAUUUUAAAAAUCUAUGUGAAUUGCACUAUGUGUGUUUCCUCUCCCUUUCAAAGAUACCUGAGUGCAUAGUGCAUACUGUUUACAUAGUUGUAUGCAUUGCAAUAGUAAAUUCUUAUCCAUCCUACAAUCAGAAAUCUCUUACGUGAAUUCUUAAGAGAUAAUGUCAUGUAAGAUCGUAAUAUACAGGAGCAGAAUUAGGCCAUUUGGCCCACUGAGUCUGCUGUACUGUUCCAACAUGGCUGACAUGUUUCUCAAGCCCAUUCUCCUGCCUGUCCCUGUCCCUCCACCUAUCAUUGUGUCAUCUACAAACUUACAAACAAUGCACUUGUUCCUUUCUUCAGAUCAUUAAUGUAUGACAUGAAUAGUCAUGGUUCCAACACAGACCCCUGCAGAACUUUAUUAGUCACUGGUUGCCUUCCUAUAAAAGACCCCUUUAUCCCAUUCUCUGGUUUCUACCAAUCAUCCAAUCAUCUAUCCAUGCCGGUAACUUGCUCUUAACACCACAGGCCCUGAUCUUACAAAUAUCCUUUUUGCCACCUUGUCAAAGGCCUCUAGAAAUCCAAAUAAAUCACAUCUACUAGCUGUCCUUUGUCUAGUCUGCUUAUUACCUCCUAAAAGAAUUCUAACAGAUUUGUCAGGCAUGACCUCCCUUUAAUAAAGCUAUGCUGACUCGAUCUGAUUUACCAUCCACUUCCAAAUACUCUGUAAUCUCAUCCUUAAUAAUGAAGUGUAAAAUCUUACCAACGACCAUGGUCAGGCUAACAGGUCUAUAAUUUCCUACCUUUUGUCUCUCUCCCUUUUUAAACAGAGGUGUAAGUAAAUGGUAAACCAAUAUAUUGUAAUAUUGACUGCUAAGUUAAUUGUCGACCCGCUGCUGCUUUUGUGCUUAUUGGUGCUUAGUAAUUCAGAGUACAAUGCUUAUUCCCUGCUGCAUAUGUUUUAAAUUGCAGAGUAACUGCUGCUUGAACAUAUUCUUUUAGACCUGUGUUUUUCCUAAUUUUCUUCCUUACUAUCUUAAAGGGGCUAGUUUCAUACUGAGUGUGCAGUUUAUGGGUUUCAGCAACCUUUCCCAAUCUCAUCCAAGCAAAGGUCUCAUUUGGAAACCUAGUUGAUAAAAAUAUUCACUCGGAGAGCAUCACUACUGCCUGAUCUUUCCCUCAUGCAGCACUUUCCAGCAGAGAAUACUGCACUUAAAUGAAGACUGAGAUUGGACGAUUCCCUCCACUUUUUUCAGACCAGUGGCAUGGAUACCUGUUGCAGUUGCCAACGCUUCAUUCAGUGUAGAUCAGACACUUAACGUGUAACCUCCUGGGUUGCUUGAUUCAGUGGAUGUUUGGUUACGCAUUUACUCAGCAGGUGACUUUACAAGACAAGAAGAUAUGGAGCUGGAUGAACACAG